AUGGCGUCCAAGAAGGAUAUGCGCCGGGCCGACUUGGUGAUCCCAUACGUCGAGCCUCCCGCUGAGAAGAGCGAUGCCGAUAUUGGCGGUACUAUGAGCACAACGCUGCCAAUGGCUGCGAUGUUCACCCGGAAUCGGUUGGCCGUUGUGGUUUCCCUCCAGAACUGGUUGUCUGAGACGCCCGAACAGAGCAAGAAUGCCGCCACGCCCGGCUAUAUGUCGAUCUUCAUGUCCCCAACUAUGUUGUGCCGACUCUCUAUGACUAGCUUGUGCCCUGUGGUGAAUGUAAAGCCACGGAGUAGACGUGGUCAACCCCAGUUUUCGCACGCCGCUGACUCAGCCCGCCUGGCCAAUCAGCGCAUUGGCCACCGGGCUGAGUCAUCCACGCUUGGCUGUUUCGGGCUGCUCGACGCCUCGCCCCUCGCUCCUGCCCUCCCUCUUUUCAGCUUUAAAAAGAAUCCCCUCCCAUCAACCCAUCGGCUCUUCCUCCAUCUCUCCGCUCUUACCCACCAGCUCCAACCCGCAGACGCUUCUUCCACAGAGACCUACGAGUUCUCGCUCCCCGCUGCUUUAUCUAUACCCCCUUUUUCAAACAAGUUCCAGCAAAAGGCAGAGUUUAUGUCCAUCGAAAACCUCAAGACCUUCGGUAAGUCCACCGACGAUGCUCCUGCCGCAGUCCUCCAUCGUGCUACGCCCUGCUACACAGCCUGCUCUACCCACUGGGCCGAGCGGGCGGUAAUCGCGUGUUGCCGUGUUGGAAUAAUGGCUGCCGCGGUCGUGUUUGAAGAGCGGGACCCCUUCGCCGAAGCCGACGAAGACACCGGUGAGACUAAACAGUCUCAGAAUUACAUUCAUAUACGAAUCCAACAGCGCAAUGGUCGUAAGACCUUGACCACCGUUCAGGGUCUUCCUAAGAAGUUUGAUCAGAAGAAGAUUCUCAAGGUCAUCAAGAAGAAAUUCGCUUGCAAUGGCACCAUUGUCAACGACACUGAGAUGGGGGAGGUGAUUCAGCUGCAGGGUGACCAGCGUAAAGAUGUUCAGGAAUUUUUGGUCGACAAGAAAGAGGGUUUAGAACUCGACGCCAAGACCAUCAAGGUCCAUGGGUUCUAA